UAUGGGAGUGACUGGGAGGAGGAUGAUUGACAGUGCUGAAAAUGGCGGCGCCCAUCGUGAUUCCAGAAACAGGGAGUGUCAGAAAUGCGGUAUCUUUCAUCAACUCCAUAGACACUGGCAAGUUCUCUCGACUGCUCUCCCACAUCCUUCAGAAGCUUCAUUUAAAGGGGGAAAGUACUUUCACAGAAGAAGAGGAAGAAAAACUUCAAACUGCCUUUUCAGUAGAGAAACAGGACCUUCACCUCAUCCUUGAAACAAUAACAUUCAUUUUGGAACAGGCUGUAUAUCACAAUUUGAAACCAACCAUUCUGCAACAGCAACUGGAGCAUUCCCAUGUGGAUCAUGAUAAAGCGGAAGUGUUUGCCACUACGUGGGCUGCUGCAGGGCCAGACACAGUGGAGAAGUUCAGGCAAAGGAUUUUGUCACCUCAAAAGCUUGAGACAAUUGGAUGGCAGCUUAAUCUUCAAAUGGCUCAGUCUACACAAGCAAAACAGAAGUCUCCUCAAGCUGUAUUGGAACUUGGAGUGAUCAAUCAAGAUUCAAAGAACAUGGAGAAAGUGCUUGUGGAAUUCAAUCAUCAAGAAUUGUUUGAAUUCUAUAACAAGUUCGAAACUAUACAAGCACAGCUGGAUUCCCUUACAUGAUGCAGUUUGAAGAUUAGCUUCUUUAUCAUAUUCCUGCCAUUUCAGUAUUUUCUGUUAAAAAUUGUCCAACUGUGUCCUGGAAGUACUCAGGUGAUUGAUUUCGGUAAAUGGCUUAUCUCCUCCCUGACCAGUAAUAUUAGCUAAAGGAAAUGUUAAGAGUACUGAUGUUCUAAUUUACUUCUUCACUUUCUUAGACCCACAGUGUUCAAAAACAUACUGUUUGUAUAUGAUUGGAGCCAUGGCAAGGAAAGCAGUCACUGAACUGUUUUCUAGUUGUUUUAAAAUGCACAUUCUUCUUUAUUUUGUGGGGGGUUGCAUGGUAGAUAUCAAUUUAUGGAAUGUUAAAGAAGGAAAUGAACACCAGCAUGUUUAGAAAAGAAAAAUGUAUUAAUUGAUAACCCAUUAGACAUUUGUUAAUAUAAAAUUCUAUCUACAAUAACUAUAUCUUACUGGUAAAAAAUAAAGAUGAUUUUGUCCUGUGUA